CUGUGACUAUAAUUCUUGUUUCCCUCCAACUGAAAUUCCGCAUUGGUUCCACAUUCAAAGUGAUGAGUCCCACGUGACAUUCAGACUAACUCGAGAAUUGCAAAAUAGAAGUACUUGGCUGGGAGUUGCUCUAUGUGCAGUUUUUUUAGCUACAACGGAUGUGGCUAGUUGCAAACUUAUUUGUCACUUGCAAGCAAGUAAUGGCCUGAGUGUGAAACCUCGCCAUAUCUAUUGGCCAACUAAAGAAAAUCUCAUGAUGUCACUGCUAGGAGGAUUCACUUGGCUGACCUACAUACCACGUGGGUCGUUUCCUGAUUGGCUAUAUGAUUGUGCCUUCAUUAAGGUUUCAUUUGAGACAAAUUGCCAUGACUUGAAGGUGCAGAAGUGUGGCCUUCGUCUAUUGUACCAGGACUCGGUGGAAGAGUUCAAGAACUGCAUGAAGCCCGAGUCUGAUUUUUUGGGCAUCCUUGAUCAAAAAAAGACUGAGAAUAUAAAUAGACACAUUUGGUCUGGGAUUCAGAAUGUAAUCCGCAAAACUGACACACUGGGCUGUGAUGGAUGCAUUUUCUAUAAUUCCCGUUUGCCUUCAAGUGAAUUUUUGGAGUGGUUCAAUCAUCGGAGCGAUGAGCCCCGGUUGAAAAUCCCUCUACCUCCAAAUUUGUACAAUGAUAGUACUUGGAUGGGUUUGGUUCUAUGUGCUUAUUUUGCUAUAGAUGAGAAUCCAACUACCCACUUUGACAUUCUGGAUUCAGAUAUUACUUAUGGCCUUGUAUAUCAUUUGCAAACCAAUGUUGGUAGUGUGAGACCUCUUGUUGGUUAUCGCCUGACUAAAGAAAAUCUCGUGAUGUUACAGCAAGGUGGAUGCAUUUUGCUAUCCUAUGAAGGGCGUGGGUCAUUUCAAAAUUGUCUGAAUCAAGUGAGCUGCAUUAAGGCUUCAUUUAGAGCUGACUGCCCAGGUUUGAAGGUGGAGAAAUGUGGCCUUCGUCUCUUGUACCAUUAUGAUUUGGAAGAGUUUGAGCAAACAAUAAGCCAUAGCAUGAACUCCUCGUUGGAUGGUUGGAAUAUCAUCUAUCAAGGAACAUCUAGUAGAACCUCCAGCUCUAGGAAGGAGUCUAAUUUUGGAAAUCUGAGAGGACCCAUUGAUCCUAAAGUCAAGGGCAAGCGAGUUCUGGAAGAAUAAUCUCUCUUAUUGGGGUCUUCUUUCUAAACUUAUUGGGUUGAGCUUGGAGUGAAGGGGACUGUUCUAAGGCUAAUCUAAUUGAUCCAUCUGACCAAACCUAUCUGAUCCAAAGCAUUGAGGACUGUUUUGAAUGAAUGGGUCAGUUGAAAUUGGGUAUGGAGGUUCAAAAAAUAAUUUGGGUGGCUGGGCAGUUGGCGAGUUUAAUAGAGUUCCUAGGUUCUUGAUUAUGUAAAUUUGUCAGUAAAUGUGUAACAUUGGUAGUAUAUUUAUGUUUUCAGUUGUUGAUGUAAAUUUGUGUAAUUUUUUUGUCUUUUUGAUGAGAUUUAUAAAUUUAAAUGUCUUUUUUUGUUAAGAGUAAAUUUGCAGAGAAGUGAAGGUGAGCUUUCUAGAAGCAUUGAAAUUAAAUAGACUUGUGAAUAUCAUAAAAAGCAUCAUUUUUUUUUUCUAUUUAUGUCGUUGAGUCUAAAGUGCUCAACCUAGCACAGUAGGUUAUGCCAAUUAUUUAUUUAUUUAUUUAAUCCUUCUGUUCAAUUUGAAUUUCUAUUAUAUAACAUUUGGGUUUAUUUAUGUUCAAUCAAUUUCAAAUUGUGAUUUAAGAAUGGCAGAGAGGAAAUUUUAUAUAAGCUGAUAUUGUGCAUUUCCCACUGCAAUCAGGAGUACUUGUCCACCCUCUCUUGAUUUUCCCAAUUCAUGUGAAGGGGGCUGCUAGUAGCUUGAUGGUGCUGGUGAACUGGUUUAGUGCUUAGGCAGUUUCCUUUACAUUCAAUUUUCUUACGAAAUGGAGUUCCUCAUGAUACUUUUUUCAUCUACCCUGCAUAGAAUCCAAGAGGGGGAGAAGGCUACAAAUAUUUGAACCGACAAUAGCUGGAGAUACUAGACCAUUGGAUUAUAUUUUGGCUCAAGUAUCAUCUUUAUUUGGUGCUGAGAAUUCAAGUUCAAACACGGCAAGAAGAAUUUAAACCAUCUGUUUUAUUAACAAAUUCUUUGGGCACCAAGUAGAUUAAAUUUAUGGGCAAAAGAAGGGAAGAUGAAAUGAAAAUUAUUUGUGGGUUGGACAAUAGAUAGCAGAGACAAUUUUUAACAAGCAUAAUAUGUGUACUUGUGCUCAUGUAAAAGAACACAGGGAUAACUACUUCUAUCCAA